UUUCAUUGGAUGAGUUUAUUAAUGGAAGUCGAUGACAGAAAUUGAUGGAGUUUUUAUAAGGAUUUAUUUAACAAAAGCAGGUGAACGUCAGUUACUAUAGGCAUUUGGACUUGAGGGAUGUUUUCUAAAAAGAAUAACAAAUUAAGAAUUUUUCAAUAUUUCCUUUGCUCUCUUUGCGUCGUUAACGAUGCAUCUAUGCCAGAAUGUAAGAAUGCAUUUGACAAAUGUCAAUGUCAUCGUUCCUAUAAGCUGUACAAUAAAGAGAUGGAUGAUGAUCAGAAAACGACGAAACUGUGUUUGAAAUUGCACAAAUCAAAGAAACUAAAUUGGAAAGAUGCUGAUAAGAAAUGUAAAACAGAAUUUUCAUAUUUAUUGUUUAAUUAUACUGAAAAUACUGCAUUUGAAGAUUAUAAGAAAGAAGGAAUUAAUCUUAUUUGGAUUGGAAUACAAAAGCUUUCUGGAUAUUAUACAAGUUUAUCUAACUAUCCAAGUCUGUUUAAAGAAUCAAAUGAAGUUUGGGGUAGACAAUGGGCCGGUGGAGAACCUAUUUAUGAUUGUGUUGCAUUAGAUAUUUCUACUGGCAAUCUAGUUACUCGUUCUUGUUCUACAAGGCUUGAAUUUGUAUGCCAAAACAAUGGAUUUCCUGUCUAUCCUAUUGCAAAUACUUUGGCUUGUCCUGAAGGUUGGUUAUUUUACUAUCAUAUUGACAUGGAUAUGAAAAAAUGCAUCAGAGUAUUCAAACGAAGAGAUUACAGACAAGAUACAGAAGAAGAAUGUAAGAAAAUUGGGGCCAAUGCAGCUGAAAUUGAUGGUUAUAUUGAAUUGUAUGCUCACAUGAGCAAAUCAAAUAUAAAAGAUUUUGCUUCGUUGUCUGGUAGUAUUUGUAAUGGAAGAUAUAUUGAAUCUGUCUUGGGUGGUCCUAGGAAUGUCAUGGACACUGCAAUAACAUGCCCUGAAAUGCCUUUUAUUUGUGAACGAGACUUUAGAAGUAUUUCUUUAGUGCCAAAAAUCUUGCCAGAUGUUAUCGAUUCUAUAUUUAGUACAGAUACCAAUUCAACUACUUUUACAUGUAAUGUAACUUUCAAUGGCAAAAAUGUGCCUGAAAUAGAGCAGCUUCAUUUCAAGUGGUUUAAAAAUGGAAUUCCCUCUUCUGAUGGCAACUUUCUUCAUCUCAGUCCCUCAUCUAUGAUUCAUCAAGGUUCUUACCAUUGUGAAGUUAGGGUUGAAGGGUUACAAGGUGCUUUUUUAUCAUCAGAGGUACCUUAUAUUUAUGCAGAUGUAUCAACUUAUAUCCUUACAUUGCAUGGAAAUGCAAGAGAAUUGAGAUAUGAAGACUUUUCAAAAAUUAGUUUUCAGAAUUUUAGAUCUUAUUUGAAUGACUCCAUGACAGUUUUUAGUACUGGUGAUUUGCUACCUGUUGUCAACUUGAAUUGGAAUUUACAAAAGACUUGGUCAGAUGGAAACAGUGCUACAGUCCAAAUACUUUUGUACUUAAAAAGAAAUGAAAGUUUGGAUAUAAUUCUCCAGGAAGAAGUAGAAUUUUAUAAUACAUUGCAAAGGUACUCUAUAAGGAAACAAACAGAUGGAAGAUUUGUCAGAAUAUCAUUAAAGUUACAAAGUGCUGUUAUUUGUUUUGAAGAAUCUGUUCCUUCUUCUGAAACUUCAUAUGAUGAAAUCUUGCUCUGGAAGGAUGCUGCACAAACAAAAUCAGCUAUAUCUGAACCCAUGUGUUUGAAUGAUUGGAGAUUGGUUACAAGAGAAUGCAAGCCUAAUUUUAUUGAUGGUGCUAAAUGGCUACCAUUCGAUUAUUCAAUGUGUACAAAAUAUCAGCAAGCUGUUCAAGAUAAAAAAUAUUUAUGCCCACCAGGCCUAAAAGUAUUAGAAUCAAACAUUUGCUAUAAUGUUUUCACAGAGAAGCAUACUUUUGAAGAUGCUGAAGGAGUAUGCCGCAAUCGUUUAAGUUUCUUAAUGAAUUUAAAGUUAUUAAACAGUACAAGACUACUUUCUGAAUUGGAGAUAUCCUCAAAAUAUUGGUUUUCAGAAAGAACUAGCACAGUGAAAUCUAAGAAUGAAACCUACACCUACCAUAAAAUGCUUAAUCCAAAUUUCCAUUGUAUCAUUGUUAAUCAGAUCAAUGGUACCCUUGUAUACAAAAAGAGCAUUUGUAAAGUUGAUGAAAAGCAUGCUUUUGUUUGCAUUCAUCAACCACUUAUAAUGCUAGAAUCUAGGCUUUUUUCAAAACCUUGGAAUAAAUUUCCUCUCCAAAGUGGAUGUUUUUACAUUGAAUCUUCUAAGAAAACAUGGGAAGAAGCUAAAGAAUCUUGUCAAGUAUCUUUGGGAAAAUCAAAUCUACUGCAGAGUAUUCAGAAUAUGGAUGAUUAUUCUACUUUCAAAGCUCUUCUUUACAAUCUACCUCAUUUAACGAAAGGAAUGUCUUGGUGGAUAAGCCUAUUUCAAGACAAAGACUCAUUGAAAUGGUUGAACUCCCCUGAGGAGACAGUGACUUUUGUUGACUGGGAAGCACAUACGAACUUCAAGAUGAAUCAAUCUGGAGGCAUUCUCACUGUAGGAUCUUCAAGAAAAACUAGUAUUCGCUGGUCUUUGAGAGAUCUAUCUUCAAAAGAAAGUUUUAUAUGUGAAAUGCGAGAUUGUACCGACCCUUCUCCUGUUUCUGUAGAUAUUGAUGAUAAAACUGUGUUCCCAAAUGGAAAUGAUUCUGAUUUUAUUCCAAAAUUAAAUUAUCAGUGUAUUACUAAUGGUUGGUUUGUGGCAAAUAGCAUAUCUUGGUUUAAAGAUGAUGAUAUUCUCAGAAAUUCAGAAAGGAUUACUGUUGACCUCUCUCUACAUAUUGAAACAGGACCAACUGUAGAUGAUUCUUUAAAAUUUCAAGGGUAUUAUUGGUGCUCUGUUGAUCAAGAACUUUACAUAACACAAAUAUUUUCACCUAAAGUAUUGUUUAAACAUCCAGGUUGGCACACAUUUGUUCUGUAUGUGAUGAAAGAAGUACCGGAAUUUAGUAACUGUUCAGAUUUGAUCUCUCAAGAUAUUCAGUUCUUUUUGGAAUUCAAUGAAAAUUCUCGUGAACUUUUAUCAAGUGAUAAUUUUUUUCUAUAUCUGAAAGAUGCAUCAUGUAUUGGAUCAGAAUUACAUUAUUAUGAUCACAUCUAUGUUUCAAAAAGAAUGGGAAAUGAAGAAAGAGUAAAUGAAAUUAUUGAAACAAGUAUCACUUCUCAAAAAUCCAUCUUAAUGGAAGAAUUACUCAAGAAGCUUAAAGUUGUGAAUAAUGAACGUUUUUCUCUUAGAAGUACUGUUGUAUGCCCAAGUGAAAAAAGUCAUCAUGGUGGAUACUCUCUCACUUGGCCUGAAACUCCUGUAGGACAAAGUGCUUUUCCAGAGGAGGCUUGUACCACAGAGGAUGGCAAUGCUCUUGAACGGAUGUGCAUGGGCAGUUUCAAUACUGGUGGAUUUUGGAGUCCCUUAGAAAAAGUCUGUACAGGUUUUGAGUCUGCUCUAACAGUGAGUCUACGUAAACUGGCAAAAGCAAAUAUAACCAAGGGCAAUGUUCUCAAUUCGUCACUCAGCAUGGAAGAUAUAACAACACAUCAUGAAAAUUUCAGUACAACAGAUGUUAAUUAUGUGGCAAGAAUUUUACAAAAUAUUGCAAAUGUUCCUGAUAUUCAACUUGAAAUAGUCAGAUCAGUAGUAACUACUGUAGAUACCGUUAUAGAUGUGGAGAUACCAAUAACAGAUAUAGGUUCUUUAUCAGAUGAUUCUAGCAAAAUAUCUUCAGCUUUGGAAGACAUACUAUCAAAUGUGCAAACCAAUGGUCAAGUUAUUGUAGAAGCUAGAAAUAACAUUGCUGUUUCUGCUCUGCCAUUAAACACUAAUUUUUCACUUAUCCCUGCUGGUGGUGUUUUAGAGCAUUGGGGCUCCAAUGUUACUACUUUAUUCAAUGAUAGCAACAAAAAUCCCAGUGCACAAUUGAGCCAGUUUGAAAAUUUUGAAGCUGCUGUGCUUUUACCUGACAAUCUUUUAGCUGAAAAGCAAAACAUUGAUGUGAUUAAUAUUCCUAUCAUCAUACGCAGAAAUUUCCAUUUUCUAAGGGAUGUUGAAAAAGAUGUGAAAGUUAUUAGUCCUGUUAUUGAUGUAUCCAUUGGAAGAAAGCCUGUACAUAAUGUUAAUCCUCCUAUUGAAAUGGUUUUUAAUGUUAGUGAGGUAAUUCUGAAUGGUUCAAAAUCUUUCAAAUGUGUGUUUUGGGCAGCAGAUAGGAAAGUUUGGUCUGAUGAAGGCUGUUACUCUGAACUAAUCAACUUAACACGAGUGCAUUGUUUUUGUGAUCAUCUGACAAGUUUUGCUAUUAUUGUGGAUUUAAAAGUUGGAGCUAAAACUAAUAAAUUCCAUCUUGAAAUAUUGAGUAUUAUUACAUAUGCUGGAAGUUGCUUAUCAAUAUUUGGACUAGGAAUGAUUAUUCUCACUUUUAUUGUAUUUAGGAAAUGGCGAGCAGAAUUGAAGCACAAAGUUUUGAUUAACUUGUCACUUGCUUUAGUUUUGUUUCUGUUUGUAUUCUUGAUUGGAGUGGAAAAGAAGCAUUGGGGUUAUGGAUGCAUGGCAAUUUCCAUACUUUUACAUUAUUCUGUGCUGGCCACAUUUGCUUGGAUGUUAGUGGAAGCAUAUUUACAAUAUCUCAGAUUAGUAAAAGUUAUUGGAACGUAUAUACCUCGUUUCUUACAGAAAGCCAUGCUAUUUGCAUGGGGGGUACCUCUUGUAGUAGUAGGAAUUGUUGCAGGUUUCGACUAUAAUCUCUACAAUGAUGAUUCGCAUGAGUAUUGCUGGUUGACUGGUAAAGUUUUCUACUUUGCUGUAGCUGGUCCUUCGUUAUCAAUGUUGGCUACAAAUUUUGUGAUUUUUGCAUUAAUAUUACAUUCUAACACUUGUGGAAGGUCAAAGAAAUUUUUGAGAACCAAUCAGGAUGAAAGAAAAGAACUGUUAGCUCGAGCAAAAGCUGUAUUUUGUGUUUCAGUAUUACUAGGAUUAUCAUGGUUGUUUGGAUUUCUGGCUGUAGGGGAAACUAAAUUGGUAUUCCAAUAUCUAUUUACUAUCACAACCACACCACAAGGAUUUUUAAUAUUUUUCUUUUUUGUGUAUCGCCAAAAGACUGCAAGAGAUGAAUGGGUAAAGUUGCUGAAGGUUGCUCCUUUAUCUGACUCUUCUCACACUGGUGGCACAGGAAUGGAUAGUUCUGGACUGCAACAAAGAAGAGCACAAAAUAAAGUGGCGUACAAAGCAGCAGUCCCUUAUGUCUCAGUUGAGUGAUGGAAAGUUUCUAGGAGGAAAAAAUUAGUGAAAUUUGAAUGAAUUCAACUGGAAAAAAAAAAAGAAACUUUAAGCUAUCGUUGAUGACAGCUCAAAUAAGUGCAUUUCAGAAAUCUGUGCUCCUAUACUCAAAUUCACUCAUUGUCCAACCAACAAUCAUUUCCAUUUUUCAAACUUCCUAUCUGACUUUCUUUUCAUUUGUUUGUUUUAUUACUACUAGUUCUCUUAUUCUAAGUCAUACAUGCAAGAUUAAUCGGAGAUCAUUUAAAGCAUGUGGUGGUAUGUAGAUUAUUAUGAUCCAUGCAGGAAGCAACAGGACGAAUGUUUUUAGGAACAUUUCUUUUAAUAAUCACAUUCACACACUAAACAAGUACAAACACAAAAGCAAGACAUUCACGAACGCGGCUUCACAGUUCAGCAUCACAUCUCAUUCUAAUUACAAGCGCAAUGCACUAUGGGAUGGCCUAAUCAGGCAUCGCCAUCUAGUUUCCAAAAGAGAAGAUAUGAGUAAUGCAACUGCUACAAGCAAUAAAAAACAAGGAUACAAACUUUUUUGAAAUGACAUAAUCUAUUUUAUCACUAUAAUCUAUUUUAAUCUAUUAUAUCUAUCCAGCUCCAUAUAUGUCUGCUUUUAUUCAUUAUAUCCCCCAGUUUAAAGCAAUAAAAUAUAUAUUUUAUGGUGUUUGAUAAAAAAAAAAUUAAAGUCAUCAAAUUAUUUGCAGACAGUUGAAUGUACUUUACAUAAAUAUUAUUGCAACAAUUUUAAAUCAAUAAGUUGAGUCCCUGCAUCAAAAUAUUGUCUGUGAUAUCAGAGAGGAUUUACUGUUUUUGAUUAUCCCCCGGGAGGCACCUCGAAAUGAUGAUGAGAUGCUUCCGGCAUGGUGAUUGGAUCUCGCCACCCUGAAGGGUACACUAAUAAGUGGGGAAUCUGACUCCUCCCAUCGAUGACGAGACGUAUUUCCUUCGGGGAGGGUUGUACCGUGGCCGGUGACUGCCCUUAGGACUCAACCACAGUUCCCGCGAAUGUUGCUGUUGUGGCGGUCUGGUCAUUCAGUUUUUAUGGUUUAAAUCCGUGUGCCUUCGUGGCGGGUCGGAGAGUUAGAUGGCUGACUUACUGUUGUUGAUUGAUGAUUUGUUAACUUUAUAUAAUUAGCAAUUAAACUAUCAUUCUCCUUGCUCCUUAUAAUCUUUCUAUUAAUUACCAACAUAACUAAAUUUCCUUUAUAAGCAACUUGUACCGUAGUUGUCAAGGAAGAGCACCGAGGAAUCGGCAGCACUUUUUAACCAUGUUUAUUCUGGAUGAAUACUGUAGACUCAUAAGCACAUGCACAAAUAAAUGGAAAUUUAGAUAAAAAAAAUUAGUAAGAAUUGACAUAUAAUUCUGAAUGAAACAUACUAUAGUAAAACUGUUUUGGGGACAAAUCGGCCAUCAUUCAACGUUGGGCUCUUUCCUUCCACAUCACAUUACCAGUUUUGUUCGCCCACACGAUGACGUAUUUGAAUUUUCUUAAAAAUUUAUUGAUUUUAAAAUUUAUUACCAUAUUAAAAAAAGUGUGAUCAAGUUAUAUGCCCGUUUCUACUGCAGUUCUUUAAAAUCAUAAAAACAAAAUUGGAUUAAUUCUUUUUAGUGAAAAAAAAAUGUAUUUACUAACAUGAUAAGCAAU